AAAAAUUAUUAAAAAUUCGGAAAAUAGUUGAAAGUGAAGAAAAACCCGACAGAAAGGAUGUUAAAGCGACCGGGGCCCCUGAGUCCGGGCGGUGUUGAGCACAUAAAACUGGAUAGAACAACUGCAUCAGUACUAGUUGGGCACUGCGCCCCUGUCCAUGUAGCUGCUCAGCCCUAGAGUGCCAUGGCCACGGGAACCCAGGGCCACCGCGACCACCUCCUGGAGAGAACCAAGCUCGCGCUGCCCGCCGGGAGGCGCAGGAGAGCCGAGGGGAAGCCCAAGAAGAAUUUCUCUUGCCAGGAGUGUCAGAAGGCUUUCAACAGUCUGGAGAAGUUGAAGGUGCACUCGUACUCUCACACAGGAGAAAGACCGUACCGCUGCUCCCACCCCGACUGCACCAAGGCUUUCGUCUCCAAAUACAAGCUGCUACGGCAUAUGGCGACUCACUCGCCAGAAAAAAACCACAAGUGUUCAUACUGUGAGAAAAUGUUCCACCGCAAGGAUCACUUAAAGAAUCACCUGCACACUCACGACCCCUACAAGGAGGCGUUCACUUGCCAGGAGUGCGGCAAGAGCUACAACACCAAGCUGGGCUUCAAGCGCCACCUGGCCCUCCACGCCGCCAACAGCGGAGACCUCACCUGCCAAGUGUGCCUGCAGCCGUUCCCCAGCACCGGGGUCCUUCUGGAGCACCUCAAAACGCACGCUGGCAAGUCCUCCGGCGGGACCAAAGAGAAGAAGCACCGCUGCGAGCAUUGCGAGCGGCGAUUUUACACCCGUAAAGAUGUGCGGCGCCACAUGGUGGUGCACACCGGACGCAAGGACUUCCUCUGUCAGUACUGCGCCCAGCGCUUCGGCAGGAAGGACCACCUGACGCGUCACGUGAAGAAGAGCCACGCUCGGGAGCUGCUAAGGGUCAAAACUGAGCCAGCUGAUUCGCUGGAGCCCGUUGUCUACGAUAUGGCGUCCGGGGGCAUCAAGGACGAGCUCCCGGGAAUGCUGACAACGAGGCCGCACCAGCUCAACAUGUACGCGGGCCCCGUCCUGGACACAGAGCCCUUCCCCACCCCCACACACUCGUUUUCUUUUAAGUACCCACUGGGCUCCAACUUUACCUCAUACAGCGUCUCACAGGAGCGGGAGCAGAAUCUAAAGGGAGAACUGGAGACCUACCUGAUGGAGCUGCAGAGCAGCAUGCCCUCCUCAUCCUCUGCAGCCCAGGAACCCCAACUCUCCUCCUCCAAACUGGAGCUGGAGCCUCAAUUGGGCGUGCUGGAGGACGUGAGCGAGGGCGUGUCCCUGUCCAAAAUGGCCACCCCAAUGGCGGCAGCCGCCGCCGCCGCGGGCGACUCACUGGCCUCAUCCUCCUCCCUGAUGGACUUCUCGCAGCUUUUUAACUUCUUGCCACUCAACGGGCCCCCGUACAGCCAGGCAGGGGGCGGCAGCGGGGGGCAGGGCGUGGCCUAUCCACCCAACGAAGAGCCGGCGCCUCUGGGCCAGCUUCCCCCCCAGCCCCCCGAAGGCCCGGAGGCUGCGGAGAGUCCGCUUCAGAGGCUGCCCUCCUCCUUCAUAUCCAACCUGAGCACACCCACUACACUGCCCCGCUUCCACCAAGCUUUUCAGUGA